CACAAUAAAACACUCCCAACUUCCUCCUCUUUGCUCCCUCGUUCAUCCUGUCCUCUGUCUGUGCUGGCAGAGCAGGGUUGCAGUCAUGCAUCUGGACACUUUCUUUCUAGUGUGUCCUCUUAUGUUUGCAGCAAGUCUGUGGAGGAGGGUGCAGACUGUCUCUCCUGUUCCCUCAGUCCCUGACCAUGUCCAAGCGCUGGUGGGCUCCUGUGUGGUGAUUCCCUGCUCUUUCACACCUCUGGCUCCCCUCAGGGGGAGGAAGGAGAAGGUGGAGGUCCGGGUGAGGUUCAUAGGUGGUGGCCGCUUCUUCCCUCUCCGCAGCACCGCUUUUAACAGCGAAGACAGAGGUCAAGUGAGCUGGGAUUUCCUGGGCCGGACGUCACUCUUUGGGCGAACCCCAGAGGGAGACUGCUCAGUGAAGAUGGAGAGGAUCAGCCAGGAUGACUCACGAGUGUUUGAGAUCGCUCUGAAGAGAGGCGAUGACUUACUCUGGGGGAGGCCAAGGAGCUUCAAUCUGGAUGUUUUGGACACCCCUGAGGCUCCCGUCAUCAGUGGCGUGUUGUCGGCCACAGAGGGACAGCUGGUCAGCCUGAACUGCUCUGUCAGCUAUCACUGCCCCUCCAGACCUCCUGCCCUGCAAUGGAGCUGGGAGAGAGGAGCCCAGCUGAACAGCACAAAGCCUGGGGAGGUACACACACUCCACCCAGAGCCCCACAGGCCGAUGUUACUGGCCCCUCUGUCCUUCACCGUGUCUCACCAGGUGAAACCCAGGCUCAGAUGUGAAGUCAGCUACCCAGGAGCAAAAGCAGUGGCAGUUUCAAGGGAUCUGCAUGUGACGUUUUCACCAAAAGAUGUAGUGGUUCAGGUCCAGUCCUUGAUAGUGCAGGAGGGGGGCGGAGCCUUGUUGGUCUGCUCCUGUAAAGCUGACCCCCCGGUGACUGAGUACCGCUGGUCGUACACUCAGCGCAGCCGCACGGUGCACCUCCACCAGCGCACGCACAUGGUCCGGGUGUUCAACGUGACCCGGGACUUGAGGGUCCACUGCACAGCACGGAACCUGAUUGGUCGAGGAGACUCUCGGCCUACUGCGCUGAAUAUACAAUAUAAACCAGCCAUUCUCCGGCUCUUCUCCACCUGUGUCGUGGAGGAUCUGGAGGUGCUGUGCCGCUGUUCAGUUGGCUCCAACCCCAAACCAGCAGUCACCUGGAGCGUGAAUGGGACUGUUCCGCCUUGUGACUACAACGUGUCAGUAACAUCUGAGCCCGACACGCUAACAGCCACUCUGAGGGGCCGCAUGGACAGACCUCAGACUGUGAUCUGUUUUGCGUUCAACGCACUGGGAAACGACUCUCUGAUGUUGCUGCAGGGAGGAAAAGAGAUGGCACCGUUGUUGUGGUUGGUGAUACCUGCUGUGUCCAUUUGCCUGGUCAUAUUCCUUCUGUCUCUUCUUUUUUACUGCUGCCGAAAGAGAGCUGGAAAACAUGGCCUGAGUAGAGGUCCAGCCGUGUACCCUGAAGGAAUGGGAAUAUAUCAGGACCAGAUGCCGCUUUACAUUAACUGCACAGAAGUGACUCAUAUCUACACCAACGGCAGCUACCAACUCGUAUACCAGAACUGCACACCUCUUUUUGUCCAUACUAAGCAGAUCCGUCCAAUGGGCAGAAGAGGUGGGGAAAGAAGAAGAGGAGGAGAGGACGGAGGAAUAGACAGACGAGCAGGUUUCGGAGUCAGAGGCACAAGAGAGGUACAGAGUACUGCUCUGGCCGAUGCAGAGACGGCAAUCUACCUGGAAAUCCUUUGAGCUCACUGUGGAGAAGACUCAUGAUUCACUUGUUACAUUAAACUCACACUUCAACCUCAGAUUCAUUAUCACACUGAUUAAUGCACAAAUUAUGUAACUUUCAGUUAUUGCAAAUCUUGCACAUCCAUUGUGUGAUCUUUGUAAUAUCUAGUGGUGGUCUAUCCCUCUCCUAAUCUCCAUAUCGAACAAUUUCUGUCUCUUUGACUGUUUGCCUUUAAUUUGCCUAUGUUUUUGUUUUUUUUAUAAAUGAUGAAAACGUUUGAUCUAUGUACAUAAGCACUCUGGUUUGAUUUGGUCUUACCAGUAGCUACAGCAUGUCUAGCACAAAGUGAUCCUCAAACGGAGUUUUAAAGUUCCUCUGGAGGGAGAAAAUGUGCUCAGACCUAUAAUGUUUGUAUGUUUGUAUAUAUAUAUUGAUAUAUAUUUGAUAUAUAUAUAUAUAUAUAUAUAUAUAUAUAUAUAUAUAUAUAUAUAUAUAUAUAACAAUGUAUAUAUAAAUAUGUUAUAUAUAUAUAUAAUAUGUAUGUAGUGAGACAGAGGAUGAUGUUGAGGAGGACCCUGAUUAUGAGGCAUCCUCCUCUGAUGAGAAUGAGACCCUCAGUGUUGACCCUCUCUCAACCACCAGCAAACAUAUUGCCUUCCAAAAAUGGAAAGUUAUUAUGGUCUGUCUCCCCACUUGAACAACAGGGUAGACUUAGUGCGGCUAAUGUUAUCAAAAUGGUUCCAGGCCCCACCAGAUACUUUGUCAGCCAUGUCCAAGACAUAAAAUCAUAAUUUGAGAUCUUCAUAACACCAUCCAUUGAAAAUGUCAUGAAUAUAACCAUGGACAUGGCAGAGGUCCUCCUGAACAACAAUCCAGUGUCAUUUUCAUAUACACUUUUAAGGAUCUGCUUCAAUAAAAUAUCAAAUAUUAGAAUA